GGAGCCAGUCUCCCACUCCCUCCGGCCCCCGCAGCUUGCCCCUCGCUGCCCGUCGGGGGGAGCGCCUCUCCCAACCCGCAGCGACACUUCUCCCUCCUGCCCCGGGGCGGGAUCCUGGGUGGGGCGGCUGCGCCCACGGGACGGUCCCCGCCGCCGAGCACCGAGGCUGGGACCGCCCCAGGGCCGCGCCGGGCCCGGCCAGACGCCGCGCGCCGCCAGGGCAGCAGCACCUGAGCCCGCUGCCCGGGCAGAGCCUCGGCGCCGGAAGCGCGGGCCGGGUGAACCGGCCCCGGGAACAGCCCGAGCCCGCGGGGGGGGAGGGGGGGAAAACGAGAGCCACAAAGGGGGUGACCACGUGCCGCCGCGCGCCAGCGGGGCCGAGGACCUACGGAAACGGACCCCUUCACCCACCCGCCCAACCCCCCUGGGAGCGCCCGGGGUACCCCGAGCACCCAGCACCAGCUCGAAGGCAGACCCAGCCGCUAAGCUUCAACGUUCUCGCCCUAACUUUCCUCCAACUUCUCUGUAAGGAGGAACCUGCCGCCCCGCCCGCCGCCAUCCGCACUUGAACUCCGCGGAGCCUGCCGUCCACCUUGCGCCACCCCGAGCGCCGGCUAGGAGCGGCUGUCGGGAAGCCCCGAUGACCUCUCCAGAAAGAGCGUGAAGAAGGCUUCGGCCGCCGCGCUCGGCCCAGGCGCCAGGGCGGCUCCAUCGGGGAACUCGGAGCAGCAGAGCCGGGGAAGGUGGUGGAGCAUGACCGCGCGGCCCCUGGGGACCUCAGCGCAGUGAUGCCGACAUGAUGUUUCACUCAGGCCGAAUGUGGAGCUGUCAUUCGAAAUGGAAGCCAAGUUCUCUUUUGUUCUUAUUUGCUUUAUAUAUUGUGUAUAUUCCUCCCUCAGCAGCGUGGGGAUGUGCCAACUGCAGGGUUGUCCUCUCCAACCCUUCUGGGACCUUUACUUCUCCGUGCUACCCUAACGACUACCCCAACAGCCAGGCUUGCAUGUGGACCCUCCGAGCCCCCGCGGGCUAUAUCAUUCAGAUAACGUUUAAUGACUUCGACAUUGAAGAAGCUCCCAAUUGCAUUUAUGACUCAUUAUCCCUUGAUAAUGGAGAGAGCCAGACUAAAUUUUGUGGAGCAACUGCCAAAGGCCUAUCAUUUAACUCAAGCGCGAAUGAGAUGCAUGUGUCCUUUUCAAGUGACUUUAGCAUCCAGAAGAAAGGUUUCAAUGCCAGCUACAUCAGAGUUGCUGUGUCCUUAAGGAAUCAAAAGGUCAUUUUACCCCAGAUGCUAGAUACUUACCAGGUAUCUCUUGCAAAAAGUGUCUCUAUUCCAGAGCUCAGAGCUUUCACACUCUGCUUUGAAGCAACCAAAAUUGGCAAGGAAGACAACGAAUGGACAGCUUUCUCCUACUCAGAUGCAUCCUUCACACAAUUGCUCAGUUUCGGAAAGACCAAGAAUGGCUACUUUCUAUCUAUUUCUGGCUCAAAAUGCUUACUAAACAGUGCGUUACCUGUAAAAGAUAAGGAAGACAUUUUCACAGAAAGCUUUGAGCAGCUCUGCAUCGUUUGGAAUAAUUCUUUGGGAUACGUUGGUGUAAAUUUCAAAAGAAACUAUGGAGCAGUUUCAUGCGAUUCUACCAUUAGUAAAGUUAUUCCUGGGAAUGGGAAAUUGUUGCUGGGCUCCAAUCAAAAUGAAAUUGCCUCGCUAAAAGGGGACAUUUAUAACUUUCGACUUUGGAAUUUUGCCAUGAAUUCCAAAAUCCUCUUCAACCUCAGCUGCAAUGUGAAAGGGAAUGUGGUAGACUGGCAAAAUGACUUUUGGAAUAUCCCAACCCUAGCUCUGAAAGCUGAAAGCAACCUCAGCUGUGGUUCCUACCUGAUCCCGCUCCCGGCAGCAGAAGUAGCCAGCUGUGCAGAUUUGGGGACCCUUUGCCAAGAUGGAAUUAUUUAUAGAAUUUUCAUAGAGAUUCAAAACAUCCUUCGUCACCCCGAGGUAAAAGUACAGAGCAAGGUGGCCGAAUGGCUCAAUUCAACCUUCCAGAAUUGGAACUAUACUGUUUAUGUGGUUAAUAUCAGUUUUCACCUGAGCACGGGAGAGGACAAGAUUAAAGUGAGGAGAAGUAUUGUGAAUGAUCAAAGGUUGGUGAUUUGGGCUCUUCUAGUUUACAAUGCUACCAACAAUCCCAAUUUAGAAGGAAGAACCAUUCAGCAGAAGCUCUUAAGAAAUAAUGAGUCCCUGGAUGAGGGCUUGAGGCUACAUAGAGUGAAUGUGAAGCGACUGGGUAUAUGUCAUGAUGAUGAGGACCCCAAAGGCUAUAAAUGGCCGGCCAUCCAACCUUCUGUAUACAAUGCUCCCUGUCCAGGGAAGCCGGGCUUCUAUGCUUCACGGGCAUGUCAUCAUGACCCUGCCAACACAUCUCUAGCCUACUGGGGGCCUCCUGAUAUCUCCAAUUGCUCAAGUGAAGCAAAUGAAGUUGCCAAUCAGAUUUUAAAUUUAACUGGUGAUGGGCAGACGUUAAACUCAGCCAAUAUCACCAGCAUCGUAGAACAGGUCAAAAGGAUUGUAAAUAAAGAAGAAAACAUUGAUAUAACGCUUGGCUCAACUUUAAUGAACAUAUUUUCUAAUAUCUUAACCAGUCCAGACAGAGACUUGCUUGAGUCUUCUUCUGAAGCUUUAAAAACAAUUGAUGAAUUGGCCUUCAAGAUAGACCUACAUAGCACAUCACAUGUGAAUAUCACAACUCGGAAUUUGGCUCUUGGAGUAUCAUCUGUGUCCCCAGAGACCAAUGAAAUUUCAAAUUUUAGCAUUGGUCUUCCAAGCAAUAAUGAAUCAUAUUUCCAGAUGGAUUUUGGGAGUGGACAAAUGGAUCCAUUGGCUUCUGUAAUUUUGCCUCCAAACUUACUUGAGAACCUGAGUGAAGAAGAUUCUGUAUUAGUUAAAAGGGCACAGUUUACUUUCUUCAAUAAAACUGGACUUUUCCAGGAUGUAGGAACCAAGAAAGGCACCUUAGUGAGUUAUGUGAUGGCAUGCAGUAUUGGAAACAUUACUAUCCAGGAUCUGAAGGAUCCUGUUAGAAUUAAAAUCAAACAUACAAGGACUCAGGCAGUGCCUCAUCCCAUCUGUGCCUUCUGGGAUCUGAACAAAAACGAAGACUCUGGAUUUUGGAACACUUCAGGAUGUGUCGCACACAAAGAUUCAGAAGCCAACGAGACGGUCUGCCUGUGUAACCACCUGACCCACUUUGGGAUUUUGAUGGACCUUCAAGGAACUGCCUCACAGUUGGAUGGAAAAAACACUAAAGUUCUCACCUUCAUUACCAAUAUUGGGUGUGGAAUAUCUGCUAUUUUUUCAGCAGCUACCCUCCUGACAUAUGUUGCUUUUGAAAAAUUACGAAGGGAUUAUCCCUCCAAAAUCUUGAUGAACCUGAGUACAGCCCUGCUGUUCCUGAAUCUCCUCUUCCUCCUGGACGGCUGGAUCACCUCGUUUCAUGUGGAUGGACUUUGCACGGCCAUUGCAGCCCUGUUGCAUUUCUUCCUUCUAGCUACCUUUACCUGGAUGGGGCUAGAAGCGAUUCAUAUGUACAUUGCCCUGGUUAAAGUAUUUAACACUUACAUUCGCCGAUACAUACUGAAAUUCUGCAUCAUUGGCUGGGGUCUGCCUGCCUUAGUUGUGUCCAUUGUUCUAGCAAGCAGAAACCAAAAUGAAGUUUAUGGAAAAGAGAGUUAUGGAAAAGAACAAGGUGAUGAAUUCUGUUGGAUUAAAGAUCCUGUCGUAUUUUAUGUGACCUGUGCCGGGUAUUUUGGACUCAUGUUUUUCCUGAAUGUCGCCAUGUUCAUUGUGGUGAUGGUGCAGAUCUGCGGGAGGAAUGGCAAGAGGAGCAGCCGGACGCUACGCGAAGAAGUUCUAAGGAACCUGCGCAGUGUGGUCAGCCUGACGUUUCUACUGGGCAUGACGUGGGGGUUUGCUUUCUUUGCCUGGGGACCUUUGAAUGUCCCUUUCAUGUACCUUUUCUCCAUCUUCAAUUCUUUACAAGGCUUAUUUAUAUUUAUCUUCCACUGUGCUAUGAAGGAGAAUGUUCAGAAGCAGUGGAGACGGCAUCUCUGCUGUGGUCGAUUUCGAUUAGCAGACAACUCAGACUGGAGUAAGACAGCUACCAAUAUCAUCAAGAAAAGUUCUGAUAAUCUAGGAAAAUCUUUGUCCUCAAGCUCCAUUGGCUCUAACUCAACCUACCUUACAUCCAAGUCUAAAUACAGCUCUACCACCUACUUCAAAAGGAAUAGCCCCACCGACAAUGCUUCCAUGGACAAGUCCUCAUCAAAACUGACCCAUGCUGAUGGAGAACAAACAUCAAUCAUCCCUGUCCAUCAGGUCAUUGAUAAGGUCAAGGGUUAUUGCAAUGCUCAUUCAGAUAAUUUCUAUAAAAAUAUUAUCAUGUCAGACACCUUCAGCCACAGCACAAAGUUUUAAUAUCUUUAAUAAAAGAAAGAGACAUCAGUCUGCAGCAACGUGAAGAUGUGCAAGCUGUGAAGACUCUGACUAGCAGAUGUAAACGUGAUAUUACCUAGGUAACUGCAUAUAUAUGAAGAAUGUGUUUUGUGAGGAAGGCUUUUGUGAAAUUCAAAAUCUGUCUUUUCAGUGUAUUUCUUCCAUGGGGGAGUUUCCACCAUCACUAAACUUCAGUACUAAGAGGAGCAUCACUCAGUAGCCACAGGGGAUAGGAUUUUUUAAAUAUAUGAUUGAAUGGAUCAAUCAGAACUUGGGCUGUGGGGUGGAAUAUUAAAAUUAGAGGGCAAGGGACAGACUGAGCUUGGGACAAGCCCUAGUUUAGAGCUCAUUCACACCCCACAUAAUAAUUAGAUUUGGAUACGGCCAUUUGCUCCAUCAUCUUUCUCUGCAAUCAAAAGCAUACUAAUAUUUAUGACUAUCUUGGAUGCCCACAAGUCCCAUCUCAGUGCUGGUUUCUAUGAAUGCAUUAGCAUUUCCUCUUUUUAAAUGAAAUUUCAACCACAGAUACAAAAGAAUAUUUAAUGUCUGACUCAAAGUUUAGAAAGGAAUAUUUUCUUAUUAUCUCAGAUGUUUAACCCUGAAGACCACAACAUGCUUAAGAAAGAAAGAAUUCCCAAAAUGUUGACCUAGUUCAUAUGAGGCCAUGUUAUUUCACUUAUCCUAUUCAAGACAGAAGGCUUAAACAUCAUCAUUAAUUAUAAUUUAGUCCUAUACAUUUGAAUCAAGUUUAGUGUUGAUGUUGCCUUAGAGUGGAGCUCCCAGGAGCUGAAGAAUGACCCUCUUACACCUCUGCUUUUGCUGCUCUAGUGUACAUUGAGCUGCGGGCUCAUGGGAGGAAUGUGGAUUUCCAUUAGGCAUGCUGUGUACAGUAGUCUCUCCCUUUCGGGAAAAACAACCAUUGAGACUCUAUGGUCUUGUCUUUGCUCCAGAGACUUUUUAAGACAUUUCCAUUUGCACAAAUGAAAAGCCUCUUACUUCCUCUUUCCAGAGUUUUGUUCCAAAGAAUAUAAACCGAGACUUAGGUGGGUGACUUAUCAUAAUCAAAAUAAUUUAUAAAUGUGUGGGUCUACACUUGCCAGUCUGCAAACUAUUUGUACAUAAGUCCUCUGAUUAUAAGAGCCAGAGGAGGUCUGGCAAGACAGAUGGGGUGUUAUUUAUGGAUUAGGUUUCUGCGUAUAAGCCAUGCAUAAUAUUAAGCAGCUUAACCUAACUGUCAAACUAUCCUGAGUAACAUGCUUGCCAGUGAACGUGUAAGAGACCACAUUUUAAUUGUUCUUAAAUGACGGACUCAUAUCCAGUUUCUUAGAAAUCGGUCUCAGUACAUGCUGUACCUUUACAUUUGCUCUGGGUUAUCUGAGACUUUUCAGGUUCUGGGAGGUGGCAGCCUAAGUGAUGAGAAGAUGAGACAUUCUGGCAGAACCAAACUGCUUAAAGGCAGAAGCCAGACUAAGCACCUGGGGACCUUUAUCUCUGUGCAGGAAGCAGGUAGCUCUCAGUCUGAGACACAGGAAAGCUUUUAGGCUAUGCAGCAAACAAGGGGCCUGUCAGCUUUUGCUGAUCUUCGAUCAUGAAGCUUUUGGCCAGACUUAAAUGGAUGAUAAUGUGCUAAUGGGUUUUCAUACUGUUCCAUUUUGUAGCAUCCUGGAACACUGAUCUGGAAGACAGGAGCAUUGCCCAGCUUGGCCUUCACAGGGGGGGGGUGUAGAUAGUAGGAAAGGAUAGUAAAUCUAAGGUCACUAAGACCCUACAGUAGAGCCAUGUCCUUUUCUCUAGGGAUAUAUAUUAACAGGCUGCUUAUUUUGGCAGAGGUUACAUCUAGAUGAAAAUUAACCUUAAAUAGUCACUGAAUCUUCAUAUACUUUCCCCCAAGCCUUAGAGAUGGUAGAAUUUAAUUAGCUUUCGACUGUGAGAUUUCUACCCAAAGUGCUUAUUGAGUUAAAAGUAAUUAAGAGAUAGCUUUAAAUAUAGCUUUGAUUUCUACUCGUAUUCAUCCAGAUCUGGGAAAACUUUUUUUUUUUUCAAAUUUGACAACAGUAUCAGCUCCACUUUAUAAAUUUCCAGUAAUCAGGUAAGGGAAAAAAAAAUGGAUAAACAGCUGAAUAGAAACAUUUGCAAGUGGACUUAAAAGACUGAGUCAAAUUCUACCCUCAGUUCUGCACAUGUAGAGCUCACCUUCAUUUAGCCCCCCCUCAGAACAGAAAUACAGGAAUUUAGCUGUGGAGCCAAAAUUUAGUUUAGCUUAACUUUGAGAAUAAUAUCAAUUUAGACUCUCUGGGGUAUUUUGGGUUGUUUUUUAUUUUCCUCUUUUUCCUUUUUUUUAACAUUAUGUUAGAGUCAGUCUAAGAUCCUGAGAUAUUUUCCAUUGUUGUCACGAUGACUUGCAUUGUAAAGCUUUUAUUUGUUCAAUGUUGGCGUAGACUCUUUUGUAUAUAUUUAUUUAUUUGUGUUUAUAAAUGUGAGCUUGUCUUGUAUCUUACAUUUAUAUUGCCUGGCUUUGUUAUUUUAAUUAACUUUCUAUCAGAGAGACUGUAUAUAUUUUUUUCUAAAUACUUUGUGAAAUAGUUUUCUGUAGCAGUAUCUCUGAAUUUGAUGAAUAAAAAGUGACUG